UGGCGCCGACCUUUGACCUGGUAGUGGCGUUCGGGGAGGCUUGUUCUGCUGCAGCACUCCUGCCUGCCACACUCUACCUCUGCCUUCAUGCUGCACCCACACAAUGUGUGUUGCGCCUGUGUAGGAAAACGGAGCGACUUUUCACAAUAGUGACAUUACAACAAGACACGGUCGGCGUCGUCAAAGGCAACAGAGAUUUUUUUUUAAAAAAGCACUUGUUUUUAUAGUGCUACGUAGCCAACAGAGAGCACAGCUAGCCGCGUUAGCAGGCAGCUAAACCGCCACGGUAUUUAGGGCGCUUUGUAGGCACGGCAGGCCAGUGCGGAGGAAAUGAAGGACAAACAAAAGAGAAAGAAGGAGCGGACCUGGGCUGAAGCGGCUCGAAUGGUACUGGAGAACUUCUCUGACGCACCUAUGACUCCUAAACAAAUACUUCAUGUCAUCCAGACCAAGGGGCUGAAGGAAAUGAGAAGUGGAACAGCACCUUUGGCCUGCCUGGUCACAAUGCUUCACUCCCAGGUGAGAGGAGAUCGGGUCAAGAACAGCAUCUUCUUUAAGUUGCCUGGACGGAUGAGCCUUUUCACACUGAAGAAGAAUGCCCUGCAGUGGACAAAGACUUCAGAGUCAGAAAAUCCAACUGAGCUGGUGAGCAGCACCGCUACCCCAACCUCCAGCAGCUCAACCCUCACAGAGGCUGGCUCCACUGAAGCAACUGAGCAGGAGAGCGGCAACUCCACUGAGACACCUGCUACUGCCAGUGUCUCCAAUUUUGCUUUGGCAGAUGAAACUUCAUCCAGUGUUUCCGGCUCCACAGAGUUGCAGUCUUCUACCAACCAGCCUCAGACCCGACUCAGCAGAGCAGCAGGAUUGCAGGGACGCACCGACGCUCAGCAGGUCCAGCACGUUCAACACGCCCAGACAAGACUGAGCCGCUCCCGACAGUCGGGGAGACAGCGUAAGAAAGCAGUCAUGAUGCCACGUGUUGUCCUUACUCCUCUGAAAGUAAAUGGAGAGCAUGUCCCGUCAGGACCGAUGAAGAGGAAUCGGGGAGGGGUAGAUGUGGACUUCGAAACACCAGGCUCCAUUCUUGUCAACACAAACAUCAGGGCUCUCAUUAACGUGAGAACCUUCUCAGCAUUCCCAGCACAGUCCCAGCAGCAGCUAUUACAGCUUCUCCCCGAGGUGGACCGCCAGAUUGGACCAGAUGGAAUGGCCAGACUGAGCAGUUCAGCUCUCAACAAUGAGUUCUUUACACAUGCUUCCCAGAGCUGGAAAGAGAGGUUAGCUGAGGGGGAGUUCACCCAUGAGAUGCAGGUGCGAUUCCGGCAAGAAAUGGAGAAAGAAAAGAAAGUUGAAGCGUGGAAGGAGAAGUUUUUUGAGGAGUACCAUGGACAAAAGUCUGGCCUGACAAGAGAGGAAUCCCUGAAGCUCACAAUGGGUGAUGCAAGUGAAGUUGCAACAAGUGUCCUGGACAGUGACGUUUCUGUGGUCUCAACUAGCGCCCCCAAGAGGCGCAGUGUGGGUCGGCGGAGGAGAGAUGGUAGGAUGAGGCGGCGCACCCGAGCUGAUCUACGUCGCAGGGCCCGACGCACCCUGUGCAAGACCACCUCUCCGGUGUUGCAGUCUGCAGAAGCUGCCGAGGACAUUGAUUCUCUGGACACCUCAACAGUCUCCAUUGGUUCUCCCAUGUCGGAAAGUACAGUUAUUCAAGGGGAAGUGGUGCUACAGGCUGAAUGUGAUGAGGAGCUCCCAUCAGAAGACAUCUCCAUCGAGCCAAAGUCCCCCACACCGGAGCCAAUCCUUUUGCCGGCUCCUACUCCGACUCCCAUUCCAAGUCCAGAAUCUACCAGCGAUGACAAAGACGCAAACAUCACGGGCUGUCUGCUGUCAGAAGAAGCUGCACCAGUAUUAGCAUCCACCUCCUCCCCUUCAUCAUCAUCAUCUUCUUCUUCUUCUGACUUGUCUCCUUCGUCCUCACCUUCCUCAGCUUCUGAUAAAGGAGCUUUUACCACCGGCUUGGACUCUUCUUCGUCCUCGUCAGUUUCAUCCGGUGCCGCAGUCGCGACGGAUCAUCUGGAUGACACGGCGUCUGUGGUCACCUCCGUCACGGGUGGAACAGCCACCAGCAGCCGUGAGAGCAGCCCUUCGGACAGCCCCGCAGCCACCCCCGUACCCAGCACCCACCACAAGGAACAGAAGAGAAGACCAGAUGAGGCACGGGCCUUCUCCAGCUUCCCCGAAAAGAGGCCGCGGCUGAAUGAUCAGCAGUCCUUUCGUACCACAAUUGACAGGGUCCAUCCAGAGAAACCGCAGCCGACAACAGAGGAGCCCAAGGUGCCGCCAAUCCGGAUUCAACUGUCCAGAAUCAAACCUCCCUGGAUCAAAGGGCACCCCACCUACCAGAUAUGCCCCCGCAUCGUGCCCCCUGGAGAGGCCUCGCGGCGGUCGGGGACGGGGGGCGCGCGGACGCUUGCAGACAUCAAAGCCCGUGCACAGCAAGCCCGAGCCCAGCGCGAGGCCGCUGCUGCUGUUGCAGCCUCUUCCGAAGGGCCAGGGUCGAACAGGGUCCGGCUGCGGCCUUCGGCUGGGAUACAGGAUAGCAACAGUGGACAAAGAGCGCAAGAGCACCCAGGGCCGAUCGAGCCCGGAGGAGGGAGUGCGAGAAAGGGAGGUGGUGGUGGCACACAGGAGCCAGGAUCGUCUUCAGAUGCUCAUUCGUCUGGAACACAACUACAGCAUCCCGAUAUAGAGAGCAAAACGCUGCCUUCCCCAUCUGCUACCUCAACGUCCGUGUCCUCAGAGCACCCAGAGACUCCAAGCCCUCCUCAAAAAUGGGUGGGAAGGCUUCCUGGGCCUGAGGAAGAUUUGGCACCAACAUCAGCCAAUGCCUAUGAUCCUUCUGACAGGCUUGGCCAAGCAACAAACCUUCCUUCUCAAGAGAUUGACACAGUGUCAAGGUCUGUAGUCUCUCCACUAGACAGGCAAAACAAGGUGAUGGAGUCUACUACUCCACCCUCAGAGAGGUUAGACCAGGGAAAGGAAAAACGCUCGCUGGUCCCAACCUCCAUUCCUGAUACUCUUCCCAGGUUUGGGACUCAACGGAUGGUUGUUCAGAAGCUGGUCAGAUCUACGGCAGCCCAAGAGCUUGAACAUGAAAACGAGAAAGCCCCAUGUGGUGUCGUUAAAGAUUCCCAGGAGACGGACUCAGUCUUGGUUUCAACAGCACAACAAGCAGACGUACCUUCACCUUGUGUGGACUCCGCUGUCCGAGAUGACGAGGCUGGGACUCACAGUGAUUCCACAGAAACCGCUUCCGAUUGCGAGAAUGAAAGCCAAGUGGAUGAGCCACAGCAUCAACCAAACAGCGAUUGGUGCUCUCCGAUAAGGAGCCACCGAAAAAUGCAGCAGAUCAUUUGUAGUCCGCUGAACCACCAGCCAGUCAUCCAGGCCCAGGGUCAAUCUGUUAUCCAGCCUUGCUUUCCCAACGGUUUGCCACAUCCUCCACAGAGCCAGCCCCUUUCCCAAGACCACCAGUCUCUUUACACACAGACUCCCAGGGUGAACGACGUUGUUGUCAAAGUUGAGCCUGUAGAUGAUUGCAGAAGCACCAGACAGAACUCUGCUGAGGAAGAGUACAAUGGCCGUACUAAAUCUUGCAUCACCCCUCCAAGUGUUUGUGGAGCCUCAAAGAAGCUCUCAACUUCAGCUAGACCAGUAUCCAGUGUGGAGGCCAACAACCCGUUGGUGACACAGCUUUUACAGGGCAGCCUCACCCUGGACAAAGUUCUACCCCCACACUCUGCAGAUAGGCUAGAGAUCAGCCGAAUGCCAGGUCCGCAGCGAAGACCCUGUAACAGACCUGAGGUCUCGCCCCAGGUUCCUAGCGCAGAAGGAAUUCAAGUCAAGGCUCAGAAAGGCUACCCUGUGUCCUGUUUGAUGGAGACCCCGACCACCUCACAGUAUCAGUCUCAGCAGGCUUCUGGAGCCGUCCCCGUCAUCACGUCCUCUAAUUCCACCUCAAACAUGUCUAGCUUAAACUCUCAUACGUCACUGGCAGACUCGGCAACCUUGAAAGAGUCCCCUCCUCAUCAGCCCUCGCAGGGGGCCAUUCCAGACCGGAUCCAUCCUGCUCACAGGACCGUACUGAACGGCCCGUCUCCUCCUCAUGCAGACCCGUGUCCCGCUGAAGUGGUGCCGAGCGUUAAGAUCAACUGGCGAUCUCCGCAGCCUCAGAUUUCCAACCAUCAAGACCCUUCUGCCCCCAACGUCAAGACUGAAGUUGGUGCAAAGCCGUCUUGUCAGGCGCUUGCUAAAGCCUCCCCGGCUGCACCCACAGUCGUCACCAAGAAAGAACCUGGGAAUUCCAUGGAUGGGUACCCUAGCGGCGGGGCCAUGGAGGGACUCCUCAAUAUGGAGAUGAAUUUGGCCCGGAUGGCCAAAAAUGAGCUCAGCAAAGCUCCAUACUCUAGUUAUCACUCUGCCCCCUCCUCUCUCUCGUCCCUUCCCUUCCAGAUCUAUGGAAAAAUUUCUAAGCAGGGCGGGAGCGGCGGUGGCGUUAGCUACACAGCCAACGUGUCUGUGAUGGACAAUAGCAGUUUUACCAGGAAUAUGACAGACGGUGUACUCCAGCUGCGGCCUCGUCUGGCCUCCAGCCAGGCCACGCUCAGCAUCCAGACCUUUAGUGAUGGUACAAAUGAAGAGGUUUCGCUCAAAUGCUCUUGUCGCCUCAAAGCCAUGAUCAUGUGCCAAGGCUGCGGUGCCUUCUGCCAUGAUGAUUGCAUUGGGCCUUCGAAACUCUGCGUGUCUUGUUUGGUGGUGAGAUAAUAUGCUGAGGAUCAAACGUUCUGACAGUAUUUAGUGCACACGAGGUCUGGCAGGAAAGAUUUGUAUUAUAUAUAUAUAUGGGUUGUUUGUUUUUGUUGCACAUUUUGAGAUUUUUUUUUUAGCUGUAAUUAUAUAUUGAGUAUUAUUACUAUUUUGAGAUAGAUAGAUAGAUAGAUAGACUUCCUUUAUUGUCAUUGCACAAAAACACUAACGUUUUGGUUUUGACGCCUCACAAACAUUUACCUCAUCUUGUUCCACCUGUCAUUAUUUGGUGGCCAUCAUUGUUUCUGUUUCAUGUUCUCUCUGUGCAAAGAAAUAUUUUUAACCAUUAAACAAGUAAAGAACAUUA